AUGCCGUGCGCGCUCCUCCGCGGCCUCGCCCGGACGGCAGCGCACCUGACACCCCGCCGCAGCACGCUGCGCGCGGCGACGAGCAUGUCCGGCGGCGGAGACGCCGCGGCCCCGCGCGGGGCGUUCAUUCUCUUCGAGGGCUGCGACAGGUCGGGGAAGACGACGCAGACGGCGAAGCUGGUAGAAGCCUUGAGGGCCCGGGGGGUGUCGUGCGAGCUGUGGAACUUCCCGGACCGCUCGACGCCGAUCGGGGGCAUGAUCAACGCGUACCUCGCGAGCCAAACGGACCUCGACGACCACGUCGUGCACCUCCUCUUCUCCGCGAACAGGUGGGAGAAAGCGAGGGAGCUGCGCGCGCUGCUGGCGCAGGGCACGACGCUGGUGGUCGACCGGUACGCGGUGUCGGGCGUGGCGUUCAGCGCCGCGAAGGGGCGGGCGGACAUGGACGCCGCAUGGUGCAAGGCGCCUGACGCGGGCCUGCCUGCGCCUGACGUGGUGUUGUACCUUGACGUGGCCCCGGACGUCGCCGCCGCGCGCGGCGGCUACGGCAGCGAGAGGUACGAGAGGGAGGAGUUUCAGCAAGCUGUCAGACAGCAGUACAAUUCGCUGCAAGGACCCACGUGGCGCGUAGUGGACGCCGCGGGGACGCCCGAGGAGGUCCACGCGCGGUGCCUCGCCGAAGCCACGGCCGCGGUCGAGGCCUGCCGCGCCGGCGGGAAGCCCGUCGGCGUCCUGUGGUGA